UACUUCUGAAUUUUGCAACUUGGCAUUAAAAAAAAGGGUCUGAGAUGUGUAUUUAAGACUGCCACAGAAAAGUGCGCCAACACAAGAGACUUCCUAUGAGAGACGAGCCGUGAAGCUGCAGCUGAGCGCAAGUGCAAGAAAUUCAUUUCACAUCCAGUUUUACAGGAACCGCAGAGACUCGGAGUAAAGAUGCCUCUAACGGCUCCCAAAGUGGACAUAAAAUCCCUGGGGAUUGUCCAGACAAUGGUCGGGUUUGUGAUCUUAAUGUUUGGAGUUGCAAUUAAAGAUUAUAAUUUGAAAACUGUCAACAGUGGCAUCAUGUACUGGGGAUCCCUUUGCUUUAUCAUCUGUGGGUCUUUAUCGGUCAGUGUCAUGGAACAUCGUCUUCCCAAUUUGGUGAAAGCCUCGCUGGUGAUGAACGUGAUCAGCGCUGUGGCUGCUUUCGGAGCCUUCAUUGUGUUCUGUAUUGAUCUGGUGCCUCUCAGUGGCAAUCAACCAGCCUGUCAGGAUAUUGACAAAUGUUUCUUGGUCGUUAUAGUGUACCUCAUGCGUGGACUCCUUCGAGUGUUCAUAGUCUUUUCUGUUCUUGAGAUCUGCAUGGCCAUCUGGACAUUUAUUCUGAUCUGGAAAUCCCGUGACUCCAUUGAAACUAUUUCCUAGGUGAAGGAUCUUCUGAUCAAUGAUCCAUGUGAGGAAACCUUCAACUCUUCAGCUUCUAAGCUUUUCGUUUUUCUUUGCAUGUUAAGGUGCAUGCUCAGAACUUUUGACAAUGAAAAGAAAUAAAGCUUUUAAAGCGUGCUGUG